CGCGCCGAGCUGCCUCCAUCCAUGGCACGGAGCGGCGGCGGCGGCGGCGGCGGCGGCGGCGGCAGGAGCCCGGCGCGAUCCGCUAGGUCCCAGCCCCGCGCAGAGCGAGCAAGCGCCGCGGAGGGGUCCGGCCUCAACCGGCCCGGGAGAACCGCGCAGAGACUCGGGCCGCGACGCCUGGGGCCGCCCGCGCCGCGCUGACAGCCGCGCCCGCGUCCUCCCCGCCGGGGCGCUCGCCGGACAUGCCCCCGGGGCGCGGCGGCGGGGACCCCGGGGCUUGCCUCCGCCCAGGGCCCCCCGCCCCGCCCUCGGGCGCCCCGGGCCCCCGCUGAGCACGCCUCCCGCACUCUCGGAUCCCUCUGGCCGGCGCGCAGACGGGCCCCAGCGCUGUCGGUCCCCGCGGGGCGAUGGGCUGAUGGGCACCGCGGGACGCAGGAUGCGGGCGGCGCCCGCGCGCCUGCUGCUGCAGCUGCUACCCUGGCUGCUGCUCUUGGUGCCCGGGACCUGGGGCGCGCCCGGCUGCCCGGUCCCCAUCCGCAGCUGCAAGUGCUCGGGGGAGCGGCCCAAGGGGCUAAGCGGCGGCUCAUCCAACCCGGCACGCAGGAGGGUGGUGUGCGGCGGCGGGGACCUCCCGGAGCCUCCGGAGCCCGGCCUUCUGCCUAACAGCACCGUUACCCUGCUCUUGAGCAACAACAAGAUCACUGGGCUCCGGAAUGGAUCCUUCCUGGGACUGUCCCUGCUGGAGAAACUGGACCUGAGGAACAAUGUCAUCAGCACAGUACAGCCGGGCGCCUUCCUGGGUCUGGGGGAGCUGAAGCGCUUAGAUCUCUCCAAUAACCGGAUUGGCUGUCUCUCCUCUGAGACCUUCCAGGGCAUCCCCAAGCUCCUCCGGCUAAACAUAUCUGGAAACAUCUUCUCCAGACUGCAGCCUGGAGUCUUUGAUGAGCUGCCAGCCCUUAAGGUGGUGGACUUCGGCACAGAGUUCCUGACAUGUGACUGCCGCCUGCACUGGCUGCUGCCCUGGGCCCGGAAUCGCUCCCUGCAGCUGUCAGAGCGCACACUCUGCGCCUACCCCAGCGCCCUGCGAGCCCAGGCCCUGGGUGGCCUCCAGGAGGCCCAGCUGCGCUGCGAGGGGGCCCUGGAACUGCACACACACCACCUCAUCCCGUCUCUCCGCCAAGUGGUCUUCCAGGGUGAUCGGCUGCCCUUCCAGUGCUCAGCCAGUUACCUGGGCAACGACACCCGCAUCCGCUGGUACCAUAACCAGGCCCCUGUGGAGGGAGACGAGCAGGCCGGCAUCCUCCUGGCUGACAGCCUCAUCCACGACUGCACCUUCAUCACCAGUGAGCUGACCGUGUCUCACAUCGGCGUGUGGGCCUCAGGCGAAUGGGAGUGCUCCGUGUCCACGGUCCAGGGAAACGCCAGCAAGAAGGUGGAGAUCGUGGUGCUCGAGACCUCGGCCUCCUAUUGCCCCGCUGAGCGCGUCGCCAACAACCGCGGAGACUUCAGGUGGCCUCGAACCCUGGCAGGCAUCACAGCCUACCAGUCCUGCCUGCAGUACCCCUUCACCUCAGUGCCUCUGAGUGGGGGCGCUCCGGGCACCCGAGCCUCCCGCCGCUGUGACCGAGCCGGCCGCUGGGAGCCAGGGGACUACUCCCACUGCCUGUACACCAACGACAUCACCCGGGUGCUCUACACCUUCGUGCUGAUGCCCAUCAAUGCCUCCAACGCGCUGACCCUGGCUCACCAGCUUCGAGUGUACACAGCUGAGGCCGCCAGCUUCUCUGAUAUGAUGGAUGUCGUCUACGUGGCUCAGAUGAUCCAGAAGUUUCUGGGUUACGUUGACCAGAUCAAAGAGCUGGUGGAGGUGAUGGUGGACAUGGCCAGUAACCUGAUGCUGGUAGACGAGCACCUGCUAUGGCUGGCCCAGCGCGAGGACAAGGCCUGCAGUGGCAUCGUGGGUGCCCUGGAGCGCAUCGGGGGGGCCGCCCUGAGCCCCCACGCCCAGCACAUCUCCGUGAACUCGAGGAACGUGGCCUUGGAGGCCUAUCUCAUCAAGCCGCACAGCUACGUGGCUACCUGCACAGCCUUCCAGAGGAGGGAGGCAGGGGCGCCCGGUGCCCGGCCCGAGGGCCCUGGCCAAAAUCCCUCACCUGAGCUGGAGCCCCUGGCCGACCAGCAACUCCGCUUCCGCUGUACCACCGGGAGGCCCAAUGUUUCUCUGUCAUCUUUCCACAUCAAGAACAGCGUGGCCCUGGCCUCCAUCCAGCUGCCGCCCAGUCUGUUCUCGUCCCUCCCGGCCGCCCUGACACCCCCAGUUCCCCCAGACUGCACCCUGCAGCUGCUUGUCUUCCGAAACGGCCGCCUCUUCCGCAGCCACGGCAACACUUCCCGCCCCGGAGCCGCUGGACCUGGCAAGAGGCGUGGUGUGGCCACCCCUGUCAUCUUUGCGGGGACCAGUGGCUGCGGCGUGGGAAACUUGACGGAACCAGUGGCCGUCUCGCUGCGGCACUGGGCUGAGGGGGCUGAGCCUGUGGCAGCUUGGUGGAGCCAGGAGGGGCCAGGGGGGCCCGGGGGCUGGAGCUCCGAGGGCUGCCAGCUCCGCUCCAGCCAGCCCAACGUCAGCUCCUUGCACUGCCAGCACCUGGGCAAUGUGGCUGUGCUCAUGGAACUGAGUACCUUCCCCAGGGAGGUGGGGGGCUCAGGGGCAGGGCUGCACCCCGUCGUGUACCCCUGUACCGCCCUGCUGCUGCUCUGCCUCUUCUCCACCAUCAUCACCUACAUCCUCAACCACAGCUCCAUCCAUGUGUCCCGGAAGGGCUGGCACAUGCUGCUGAACCUGUGCUUCCACAUGGCCAUGACCUCCGCUGUCUUUGCCGGAGGCAUCACACUCACCAACUACCAGAUUGUCUGCCAGGCGGUGGGUAUCACCCUGCACUACUCUUCACUGUCCACACUGCUCUGGAUGGGUGUGAAGGCCCGUGUCCUCCACAAGGAGCUCACCUGGAGGGCACCCCCUCCACAAGAAGGGGACGCUGCCGUGCCUGCCCCACGACCCAUGCUCCGGUUCUAUUUGAUCGCGGGAGGGAUCCCACUCAUUAUCUGUGGCAUCACCGCUGCUGUCAACAUCCACAACUACAGGGACCACAGCCCCUACUGCUGGCUGGUGUGGCGUCCAAGCCUAGGAGCCUUCUACAUCCCGGUGGCUUUGAUUCUGCUCAUCACUUGGAUCUAUUUCCUGUGCGCAGGGCUGCGCUUACGGGGUCCUCUGGCCCAGAGCCCCAAGGGGGGAACCAGCAGGGUCCCCCUGGAGCCAGGGGAGGAGCUGAGGGGCUCCACCAGGCUCAGGAGCAGCGGCCCCCUCCUGAGCGACUCAGGUUCCCUACUGGCCGCUGGGAGCGCAGGAGUGGCGACGCCCGGGCCCCCGGAGGAUGGUGACGGCCUCUAUUCUCCGGGAGUCCAGUUGGGGGCGCUGGUGACCACUCAUUUCCUGUACCUGGCCAUGUGGGCCUGUGGGGCCCUGACCGUAUCCCAGCGCUGGCUACCCCGGGUGGUGUGCAGUUGUCUGUACGGGGUGGCGGCCUCUGCCCUGGGCCUCUUCGUCUUCACCCACCACUGUGCCAGGCGCAGGGACGUCAGGGCCUCCUGGCGCGCCUGCUGUCCCCCUGCCUCGGCCUCUCGCGCCUCCCCGCGGGCCGCUCCCGCCGCCGCCGAAGACGGGUCCCCGAUGUUCGGAGAAGGGCCCGCGUCCCUCAAGUCGUCCCCGAGCAGCAGCAGCGGCCACGCGCCACCCCCGGGCCCCUGCAAGCUCACCAACCUGCAGCUGGCGCAGAGCCAGGCGUGCGAGGCGGGCUCGGCGGUCCGCGGGGAGGGGGAGCCCGAGCCUCCGGGCCCCCGGGGGGCCCUCGGCCCGCGGCAUCCCAACAACUUGCACCACGGUCGCCGGGGCCACAAGAGCCGGGCCAAGGGGCACCGCGCGGGGGAGGCCGGCGGCAAGAACCGGCUCAGGGCGCUGCGGGGGGGCGCAGCGGGAGCGGCUGAGCUGCAGUCCAGCGAGAGUGGCAGCCUGCACAACAGCCCGAGCGACAGCUACCCGGGCAGCGGCCGCAACAGCCCGGGCGCCGGACCCCGGCCCGAGGGCGAGCCCAUGCUCACGCCGUCGGAAGGCAGCGACACCAGCGCCGCGCCCCUCUCCGAGCCCGGCCGGCCGGGCCAGCGCCGCUGCUCUAGCCGCGACAACCUCAAGGGCGGCGGGGCCGGCGCGCUGGAGAAGGAGAGCAAGCGCCGCUCGUACCCGCUCAACACAGCCAGCCUGAAUGGCGCCCCGAAGGGCGGCAAAUACGACGACAUCACCUUGACCGGCACGGAGGCGGCCGGGAGCGGCUGUAUGAAGACUGGCCUCUGGAAGAGCGAGACCACGGUCUAGGGUGGGGGCGGGCGCCGCUUUAGGAUGUGCUGGCCGCGUGGGCUUGUGACCCCGCUUCUCGGGAGCCCUCAAAGACGUCUAUCGGUACGUCCCCAGGUUUGAGGGAGAGGUGCCUCAGUAGCUUUAGUCCUGGAGGCUGGGGAAGGGAUAGGCAGAGGCCCGUCUCUACUAAGAGGUCCAUCCCUCCGGGUGUAGCGACUGACAAUCCCAGAACCGCUGGCAGGAUAUAUUUCCGUCCCAUAUAGGGUUGGGGGGAAGGUCCUGUCCGUCUGUGAAGUGACUGAGAGUGGAAGGGACGGCACAACUCAGGCGGGCUCCUCCUAAGGUACCCCCUGCGCCUGCCCACAUCACCUCACUCGUGGCCAUCAGCCUCAUCAGGAGAACACAGACAGCGGGAGCUUGGGGAGGGCAUUCUCACUGCCCUUCACUAAAGCCCCCAUCCUAGGCCUCUCUCCCACCCAGUUUUUUGGCUAAUUAGGGAGCCAAUCUAGCAGAUGAGCCAGGUGACCAGGACCAAUGGGAGGGAAACAGGUGCUGCUUUUCGAAUUAACUAUGCAAGAGAGGGCGGGAGGAUGUGAAAGGCAGCUGUGGGGAUCAGUCAGCUCUGAGGAGGGGUGGGCACAAUUAGGGCCGAACACCACUCCCACAGGACUGGUACACAAACCCCACAGCAGGGCUCAGGGGUGGCACUUCAGGACAAAGCCCAGCCCUACACCUAAGAAGCUAACUGCCAGACACAUGGGGAUAACUCGAAGGUAGCAGAGAUCGCUGGCGCUCAGAUGGGGGGCUGAAGUGGCCAUGCCUUAAGCCAGGUCCUAUCAAUGCUCUGCAGAUGGGCGCCACCGCCAGGCUGCAGGUGGUGCCGAAAGCACUUACUGUUCAGUUGUGGGACCCACACUCCCAGCCCCAGCCUCCCAGGCACUGAGGGGGCGCACUCCCUGCCUCCAGGAAGCCACGCUGGAGAAUCAUUCCUGAGACCUGACCUUUAGCUCCAUAUUAGGGAGAAAUCUCCAAAACAUCAAAGCAGCUUCCUCCCUCACAGGAGCCCAAGCCAGUUCCCUGAGGCAGUAUGUGGGGCUCCUGCUGCUCACCUGGGGCCUGAGCCUCUGCUACUUUUAAACACCAGCACUCCUUAGUAUUUUUCCCCAACCUAAAAGGCAACCUUUGAUUAUAGGACCCAUGGAGAGCAGAGGGAACCUUGGGUGCUAUGAAGAGCAACAGGGAAACCAGGCCUGGGGCAGGUCCCCUCCCAACUCCCAGGUCACCCCAGCCUGGUCACCAAGGUUAGAGAAGACUGAGAGGAAGGGAGAAAACCCACACACCUUGUGAUGGAUCCUGUUACUUAUGCUUGCUGCACAGACAAUAUUAGACAGGAACCGAAAAAAGAAAAAAAAAAAAAAAAAAAAGCUUCGUAUUACUCUUCCACAUACGCUGGCUGCUGUUUACAUACCCUGCCAAUGCCUUAGCACUGGAGAGCUUUUUGCAAUACGCUGGGGAAUGGGGAGGGAGGGGAUGAAAAGUGCCAAAGAAAACAUGUUUUUAAAAGCUCCGGUUUUAUACAAUAGAAUGUUUUCUAGCAGAUGCCUCUUGUUUUAAUAUAUUAAAAAUUUGCAAAGCC